ACUAUGUUAUACUAGAUAAUGUACUGUUACCAGUUCUACAAUGUGACUGGGAUACAGGGUUCAGUGUGGCCAAUUUCUCCUUGUCUGAUUGGAUGACAGAUCACAUGAUACCUCCAGCAUCAAAGCUCUCAGACAACAUGGCCUCCAAACUAUUCCAGUAUCUAGGAUUAUCAUACUACCUUAAAUCUCCAACAUGUAGUAGAGCCAAUAAUCCCUAUACACCUUCACAACAAGGGUGGAAUAACUUAUGUACAAGGAAUGUUACUCUCAGUGACCUAACAGACCCAUUGAGUUGUUAUUUGGACUACACCUGUUCUACUGUGGACUGUUGCAUUGAUGUAGAAAAAGUAGGGAGGACCUUAAUGGCGUCUUUGUCAAUAGACCACUGCCAACAGAAACUGACGAUACAGCUAGAAAGACUUAAUAAGGAUGUGUCACUUCUGAAUUAUACCUGGGGCACUCAAGAACAGUUGAACUUGUUAGGAGUUCUCAGAGCAGAUUUUUCAGUACAUAAUCUAGAAUCAGAAGACAGUUACCUUGUAAAUCUUGAUCUACAGAUUUGUUUUGAAACAACUGGACCUUGUGUGUUUAGUACAUCUGUACUAAGUAAUGUCAAAUUGCCACAAACAAAGUGUGAUUGGUCAGCAGGCAAAGAUUUCUCAUUGACUAAAUGGUUGUCAGAGAAAUACUUGACCAGACCAGUAGGAUCUGAUAGCCUUCCACAGUGGGCAGUUCUCCAGCUUAGAGAAGAUUUAGGACUGUCUAGAUUCUUGUCAGAUCAACAGUGUUAUAACAUUACCAAUCAGUUUAUGAUUACUGAUGAUGGCUGGAAUUCUGAAUGUGUUAAUGAUGUAAGUUUACCAGAUAUAUCAGGAAGCGGUGUGGUAUGUUCAAUACCAACAUCUUGUACAGCAUUGGAAUGUUGUGUUGAUACACCAUUACUGAAUACCUCCAUACAAACUUCUCUAAGCAUCAUUGACUGUAGAAACACCCUACACGUACAGAUAGGAGAAAGACAGACAAGCAUUAGACUGAAUGAGGUUCCAUAUGGUAUUGAGAAUACAUUCUCUAUGUUUGGAAUAGUUAAGUUAAUAUACCAGAUAGACAAGCUGAGCCUGGAGAAAGCCUAUAACCUCAAUGUUAAUAUAUCUGUCUGUUAUGAAACUGGAGGUCCAUGUCAGAUAAAUGUACAGGUCUUUAACAAUACAAUACUCAAUCAGACUACUUGUACAGAUGAGGGAUUCCUGGAUAAGGCAUUUUCAUUAACAAAAUGGUUGACAGACCGAGGACUGACUACAUCUUCUCCAGCCACUGAUGUAACAGCCAAUGAUUUGAUUAUGGAUCUAGGACUAAAUGAUUACAUGGGACCUACCAGUAGAUGUGACUUAACAACACCCCCAUACAGCCUGGCUGUGAAGGGUUGGACCAACGAAUGUUCUAACCUGACCAAAGCAGGACUGGAUCUCACUGGUGAUAUAGCCUGUCACAUACCAUCUACAUGUAACUCUAUGACUUGCUGUAUCCAGUCUGACCUACUAAGGAGGUCACUAUUUACCUCUAUUGACCUCAAUACAUGUCUAUAUACCAUGACUGUCACUAUAGAGGACCAUCAGCAUGAAAUACAACUCCUGAAUUAUAAAUGGGGAACUAAUGAAGAGAUACAACUUCAUGGAGCAUUCCGUUUGAAAUAUGUCGUGAAUAACAUUCCAUCACAAGGAAAGUUUGCUGUUGAUGCCUCUAUCCAUGUGUGUUUUGAAGCUGGUAAAAGUCCGUGUAGAAAUGUGUAUAAUGUGAUGAAGACAUCAGAUCUUCUGUUUCCUUCCUGUGAUAGUCUACUAAACAUGAUGCCAUUCAAAGUUGUAAGCUGA